AUGGCAUCAAAUCCACCAAGCAGCUGUUGUGCAAGAGGUUUUUACCACGAAGGUAGCGCCAGAGGUACUGUUAAAGACGUAUAUGGUGUACCAACUUAUACUGCCGGUAAGGAAUCCAAUGACAAAGUCAUUGUAAUUUUGACUGAUAUCUUUGGUUAUCAAUUAAUCAACACUCAAUUGAUUGCUGAUCAAUUGGGGGAUGCUGGUUACAAGAUUUACAUUCCUGAUAUUUUAUUCGGAGAUUGGUUAGUAAAGUUCGAUGCUUCUGUCGACUCUAAAAAAUGGCUUGCUGACCACCCUCCUGAAAAGACUAGGGCCGUUGUGGAUUCAUUCUUGGGUCAAUUCAGAAAGGAGAAUCCUAAUAGCUUUGUUGGUGUCAUUGGUUACUGUUUUGGUGGCAAAUAUGCAAUUCAACAGAUUAAUGCUAAGGAUGGUUUAGCCGAUGCAGCCGCAGUUGCUCAUCCUAGUUUUGUUACCAUUGAGGAAAUUGAAGCUGUUUCUAAGGAUAAACCACUUUUGAUCUCUGCGGCUGAAGCUGAUGUUGCUUUCACUGAAGAAUUGAGAAAUUUGACAGCUCAAACAUUGACAAAGAAUGGUGCUCGCUACCAACUUGAUUUGUUCAGUGGUGUCUCUCAUGGUUAUGCUUCGAGAGGUGAUUUGACUAUCCCAUCUGUCAAAUACGCAAAGGAGAAGACUUUGUAUGACCAAAUAUACUGGUUUGACACUUUCUCUUGUGGGAAAUGA